UUGACUAUCAGCUGGGAGAUAAAGGAGCCUGUCAAAACAUCUUUUCUUCAUAAUGGGGAGUUCAAUUCUGCGGCAGCUCCACAUCGCCGCCCAAAAUGUUGCGUCCAGAAUCGCCCCUCGCUGACCACCGCAGCCUUCUGCCACGCCGGCUGCUCCCGUUUAAAACGCGCGCUUUUGUCCAAAGAUGAAAAGAAGGCAGUUAAGGAAUCGGACAAAAAAACCGUCACUAAACAAGAUUCUAGCGAGAGCUUAAAGAAGGCUCUACUUUGUCGGCAGGAGUCAAAUGAAAGCGCGAAACGGAGAGAUUCCGAUCCAAAAUGGACGCAACGGCAAGAAGACUUAAAGAAAACCGACGAGGUAAAGCGCGGAAACGACAAAAAAGGUCUACUGGAAACUGAUACUGAUGACACAUGUAAAAGAAUUUAUGAAAGGAGAAUAGGAUGCGCUCGGCCGACCUUACCUCCUGUUGCGGAGAGGAGUGUACCUUCACAGAAUUCACCGAACGGGAGUCCAAGGACUCCAGGAGUGGCGGCUGUUGCAGAAGGGGUGGUACGGUGGGGCAGCGGUCUGCUAUCACCUAAGGACGAACCUAGGUUGAGGCCUGCGAGAAGCUGGUAUGGCUAUGGGACUCUGCCCACGGACGGCGAUAAGAUGGGAGCAGGCGCGAACGGGCCCGGCGGGCGACGUGCUCUCGAGCUUAUACUGAGCAGUGGGCUCAAGUCGCUGGCGAGGCCGGCCAGGCCGGUGCGACGCGCUGCUUCACGAGAUUCGGUGCUGUCGCAACCGCAGCCACUGCUCGAAGGUCUGAGAAAAUGCUCGACAGUGCUGGCGCUGAGCGAGCGCGAGCGGGCCGGUGAGCCAAUACGAGCGCACAAUCGCUUGCGUGCGCCCUCAGUCUGCUCCCGAUGUUCCUCGCUGCUGUCCCUCGCAGGCGCAGGCGGCUCCAGGUAUUCACUGGAUGGCGCUGGUGGUGUCUUCGUGCCGGCUGCUCCCGUCAACUGCAAGCUGUGUCUGGAAGACGCUACACCUGACAAGGUCACAGUCAUCAGUGGAUGCGGUUGUUCCUUCUGCACAAAGUGUAUGAAAGCUUACGUCGAAUUCGAAGUAUGCAACGGUGCCUACGAAGUGUCAUGCCCCGACGCGAGGUGUCGGGUCGGUGCCGCUCUUUCUAUCGACGAAAUCUCAGUCCUGGUCGAACCCGCUGUUCUCGAGAAACACCUCAAGUUUCGCCUCAAUCAUGAGGUGUCGAUGGACUCUGGGCGUGCUUUUUGUCCUCGUGUCGGCUGCGACACGGUGGUGUCGGUGCGCGCCGCUAGCCCCGCGCACUGCCCCACCUGCCGUCACGACUUCUGCUCACAGUGCAACCAGGAGUGGCACGGCAGCCUGUCCUGUGAGGCGGCAGCAGCGUCGUCGUCGAUGGGCGGCGCCGGAUCCCCGCUGUUGCCGGAGUCGGAGCUGAUCAAGAUGUGCCCUAUGUGCCGAGUGCCAAUCGAGAAGGACGAAGGAUGCGCGCAGAUGAUGUGCAAAAGAUGCAAGCAUGUAUUCUGCUGGUACUGUCUGGCCUCGCUCGAUGACGAUUUCCUUCUCCGACACUACGACAAAGGGCCGUGUAAAAACAAGUUGGGUCAUUCACGGGCUUCAGUGCUUUGGCAUCGUGCUCAGGUGGUGGGCAUCUUUGCCGGCUUCGGUCUUCUCCUGCUGGUGGCCAGCCCGCUGCUACUGCUUGCCGCUCCAUGUAUUGUCUGCUGCAAAUGCAGGCUGUGCAAUCCGAAUACGAAAAAUUUAGAAGAGGUGGACGAAAUCGAAAGCAUCAGUCCCGGCCGAGAGGAAGAAGGUGACGAAAUAACACGCGCUAGAUAUUUGUCCGACUGA